GAGCCGCGGUGUGCCCGAGCUUUGCUGCAGCUGCGCCGCAUCCAUCCUCCCAAACGUGGGACUGCAUGACCCGACCCCUGUUUAACAACGCAGACUGUUCAACAACGCCGAGCCCCCGAGCAGCUCCUCCUCGGCCCUCUCCGAUCAGCACCGCCGAACUAACGAGAUACGGCAAAGAGUGUACAGAAAAUAAAGCAAACCCAAAACGAAACGCACAGAUUAUCCACCAGGAGCCGCGGCGCCCCGGGGCGCAGCCGUAGCCCUUUAAGCUGCCCACCUCCGGAGGCCGCGGCGGCAGCUGCCCGCUAUUUAUACGCGGCGGCGGUGCCGGGUGCCCUGCGCGGGGCGGUGCCGGGAGCGGCGGGGCUCGGGGCUGAGCUGCCAUGGCCACGCCGCUGUCCUCCACGCCGCUAUCGUCCACGCCGGCGAGCGGGAACCGUAGCCGCGGCCGCGGUGCCGCCGCUUCUCCCCUCAGCCCGACGCGACUUAGCCGGCUGCAGGAGAAGGAGGAGCUGCGGCAGCUCAAUGACCGCCUGGCCGCCUAUAUCGAGAGGGUGCGGGCGCUGGAGGCCGACAAGUCGGUGCUGCAGCAGCGGUUGGUCGACUUGGAGGCAGGCAGCGGCCGGGAGCUGGGCUGCCUGCGGCUCCGCUACGAGGCGGAGCUGGCCGACGCCCGCCGUGCGCUGGACGACAUCGCUAUCGAGAGGGCCGCGCUGCAGGUGGAGCUGGGCAAGAUCGGCGAGGAGCACCGGCAGCUGCACAGCAGGAAUUCAAAAAAAGAAGCUGACUUGAACCUGGCACAGGCUCGUAUGAGAGAUCUUGAUGCUCAGCUGAAUGCGAAGGAAGCUGACCUGGCAACGGCUUUGAAUGAGAACCGGACUUUGGAAAAUGGCCUUCGUGAGUUAAAGGAUCAAGUAGUCACUCUGGAGCUGUCACUGGAAGAUGCCAAAAAGCAUCUCCACAGUGAAAUGUUGAGAAGGGUGGACCUGGAAAAUCAUUUGAAAACUUUACAGGAAAAAAUGACAUUCCAGAAGUGUCUUCAUGAAGAUGAGCUCAAGGAGAUGAAAAGAGUCCAUGAGAGCAGAAUAGCAGAAAUGGAGUCUGGUCGUCGGAGAGAAUUUGAGAGUAAGCUCUCAGAUGCUCUGCAGGGGCUGAGAAAACAGCAUGAAGAACAAAUUCAAGGAUACAAAGAGGAGUUGGAGCGAACGUUCAGUGCAAAAGUGGAGAAUGCCCAGCUUUCUGCAGCAAGAAAUAGUGACUUUGCCAAUGCUGCUCGAGAGGAGUUAAUGGAAACAAAGCUUAGAGUUGGAAAUCUGACAUCUGAAAUUAAUCAAUAUCAAAGCCAGAAUGCUGCUUUAGAGAACAGAGUAAAGGAGCUACAGGAGAUGUUGGAUAAAGAUCGUGAUCUACAUCGAAAGCGUAUGGCUGAAAAAGAAAGAGAAAUGGCACAAGCCCAGAAAAAGGUUCAAGAACAGUUGGAAGAAUAUGAGCAUCUCUUAGAUGUGAAACUGGCUCUAGAUCUGGAAAUAAAUGCCUACAGAAAGAUGCUGGAAGGAGAGGAACAGAGGCUGAACAUAUCACCUAGUGCAUCUUCACACAGCGUUGCAACUCAAGCAACAAGUGAAGGGCGACGGUUUCUGCAUGGGAGAAAAAGGAAAAUGAAAGCCAAAAAGAGAGAGCCUAGUGAUGUGUUUAAGACCGUUCAGCAUGCUUCAUCUUCUGGGAAAGUGUCUAUUGAAGAAAUUGAUGCAGAUGGGAAUUUUGUAAGGCUUAAAAACAACUCUGAUGAGGAUCAGCCACUACAUGGAUGGGUGUUGAGAAGACAUCUUGAGAGUGUGUCAGAUGUAACAUACAAAUUCCCCUCACAGUUCACUCUUCAGGCAGGCCAAGUAGUUACGAUCUGGGGUGCAGCUGCUGGUGUAAGCCCAGGUCCUAGUGACCUGGUCUGGAAGUCUCAGAAGUCUUGGGGAGCUGGGUAUAACAUUGGUGUUACACUCAUCACAGAUGAAGGUGAGGAACUGGCAGAGAGGAAAUUAAUGCAUGUACCCAGAGGAGAAGAAAGUGGUGAGCAAGAUGAUGAGUAUGAAGAACUGAUGGGAAGUGAAGUGGAGCUUCCAUCUCAGACCAAAAGAAGAAGAAAAAAGAAAUGUUGUUUGGUUUCAUGAUAGUGGUUCCUGUGAGCAUCCUUAAGCAGCAAAAUGAAGAUCCCAGCUGUUCUAUCAUGUAAGGUGGACAUGGAGAUGAUCACCUGAAAACAAUUCUAAACCUCAAGUGACAUUUCAGACUUAAGUGUGUGGUGAUA